AUGGUAAAUACGACUGUAGAACUCAGGACCCUCUCAGCUCAACGUCUCCGUCAGAGAUUUGAGUUCUAUACUCGCCCCAAAAUGUUCUCUAUCUGUCCUCUCCGCCCUUCACCUCCCAAGCCGUCUCUCCCUCCAUCUCUCUCUCUCAACCCCCAAAGCUUCAACCUUUUCUCGAACCCAAGCCUAAUAAGAACCCGCUCUCUCCGCCCCAAGUCUCUGAAAAUCCAAUCUCUCGACGCCGCCCAGCUCUACGACUACGAGUCCAAAGUCGCCGCCCAAUUCCACGACGCCCACAUGCUCAAGAUCGCCAUCAUCGGCUUCGGCAACUAUGGCCAGUUCCUCGCCAAGACCCUUGUCGCCCAAGGCCAUACCGUCCUCGCCCAUUCCCGAUCCGACUACUCCAAAACCGCGCAGGACCUCGGCGUUUCUUUCUUCUCCGACCCACACGAUCUCUGCGAACAACACCCACAAGUCAUUUUGCUCUGCACCUCCAUCCUCUCCACCGAGCCCGUCCUCAAAUCGCUGCCUCUUCAGCGCCUCAGGCGAAACACCUUGGUCGUUGAUGUGCUUUCCGUCAAGGAAUUCUCCAAGGCAUUGUUGCUGAAGUUGCUGCCUGGCUACUUCGACGUCCUCUGCACCCACCCGAUGUUCGGGCCCCAGAGCGCCAAGCACGGGUGGAAUGGGCUCUUCUUCGUGUACGAAAAGGUCCGAAUUGGGUCCGAAGAAUCGAGGAUUUCGCGGUGCGAUAAGUUGCUGAACAUUUUUGAGAAAGAAGGGUGUAGAAUGGUGGAGAUGAGCUGCGCAGAGCAUGAUAAGUACGCGGCGGGUUCGCAGUUUAUGACCCACACGGUCGGGAGAGUGUUGGGGAUGUUGAAAUUGGAGUCGACGCCCAUAAAUACUAAAGGGUAUGAGACAUUGUUCGAUUUGGUGGAGAACACAGCUGGGGAUAGCUUUGAUUUGUAUUAUGGGUUGUUUAUGUACAAUAAGAAUGCAUUGGAGACGUUGGAGAGAUUGGACUUGGCUUUUGAGGCCCUGAAGAAACAGCUUUUUGGGCAUUUGCACGAUGUUGUGAGAAGGCAAUUGUUUGGCAAUGCAGAAAAGGCAAUAACUUUGCAGGCGGAUUAUGCGAAGCAGGCUCAAAAUGGAGCUGCAUUGGUAUCUUCUUCAAAAGCUUUGAGAUCGCCAAAAAUUGUUCGGUCAGAUGACCAAAAAGCACAGAUUUCUGAUGACAACUCUUGGCUAAAGAUUGCAAUUGUUGGUUUUGGAAAUUUUGGUCAGUUCCUUGCUAAGACGUUUGUACGCCAAGGUCAUACGGUUCUAGCCUUUUCUCGAACAGACUAUUCAGAUGUGGCUCAGAAAUUAGGCGUUUCUUACUUCUCUGAUGCAGACGAUCUGUGUGAAGAGCAUCCAGAAGUGAUACUUCUUUGCACAUCUAUUCUGUCAACUGAAAAAGUUCUGAGGUCAUUGCCACUGCAGAGGCUGAAGAGAAAUACUUUAUUCGUUGAUGUGCUUUCGGUGAAAGAAUUUCCAAGAAAUCUGUUUCUUCAAACUUUGCCGCUGGAUUUUGAUAUUCUCUGUACGCAUCCUAUGUUUGGACCAGAGAGUGGUAAAAACGGGUGGAAUGGUCUUUCUUUUGUUUAUGAUAAGGUCAGGGUUGGAAGUGAUGAAUCAAGGGUAUCACGCUGUGAUCAAUUUCUUGAUAUCUUUGCACGAGAAGGGUGCCGAAUGGUGGAAAUGUCUUGUGCAGAACAUGAUAGGCAUGCAGCAGGGUCACAAUUCAUUACACACACUAUGGGAAGGAUUUUGGAAAAGUUGGGUUUGGAAUCGACACCAAUCAACACAAAAGGUUACGAGACUUUGUUGAAUUUAGUGGAGAAUACAGCAGGAGAUAGCUUUGAUCUUUACUAUGGCUUGUUCAUGUACAAUAUUAAUGCAAUGGAGCAGUUAAAGAGGUUGGACAUGGCUUUUGAAUCUUUAAAGAAGCAGAUUUUUGGGCGUUUGCAUGGUGUUCUGCGGAAGCAACUUUUUGAGAACUCAGAUAAGUCUCAAGUUAUGCAGGAACAGGCCUUGUUGCCAAAACCAUCCCAGAAUGAAUCUGCAGUGACACCUUCUUUGGAGUCUCUUAACAUUCAGAAGAACUAA